AUGGCUUCCCCAGAAAAGGAGAAGAAGACGAAGCCUUCACCUCCCGAUGAUUUGUCAUUGAGCUGCUUUGCACGCAUCUCAAGAUUGUACCAUCCAACUCUCUCCCUUGUCUCCAAGAGUUUUUCUUCUUUCCUUGCUUCACCGGAGCUAUACAAGACCCGAUCACUCUUGGGCUGCACCAAGACUUGUCUCUACGUUUGCUUUCAGUCCGCUACUAAAUGUAGUUGGUUCACCCUCUGCCGCAAGCCUGACCAAACCACCCAAGCCAAAUCAAAUGGGUACGUUUUAGCUCCAGCCUCCACUCUCCAUACUCCGCAUGCGAUGCCAAUGUCCUCGGGUAUUGUAGCGGUUGGUUCUGAUAUCUACAACAUCGGAUCUUCCUCCUCCUCUACAGUCUUGAUUCUUGAUUGUCGGUCUCACACGUGGCACGAGGGUCCAAGCUUGCGUGUCAAGCUACAUACACUCUCUGCUAGCGCUGUUGAUCGAAAGAUAUAUGUAGCAGGAGUCCAAUUCUACGCUUUGAAGAACUCAUUCGAGGUGUUGGACACUCUAAAACCACAAGUUGUUUGGGAUGAUCAUGUGCCGCCCAUCAGCGAGACGACAACAUGA